AUGCCGGGAGAGCCGAUAUCAGGGGGCGCCGGGAGGCGCCUUCCGCUCGCGCGACCUCUCACCCGGCGGCGCUCGGCGGCACAACACGGAAGUGCCAUGGCGGCCGCGGCGGAGGGGGCAGCGGGAAGCGGCGGCCGCUCCCCGUCCUCCGCCCGGCGGCGGUUGCGCAUCAUCUCCGGGCACCUGCGGGGAUCGCCGCGGACUCCGGAACGGGACACUCUCUCCCCGAACCCCUGCAAAGUGCAGGGGGGCUCCGCCGGACCGCCCUCCGGCUCCAUCCCGAAGAAGCGGCAAGAACUUUUGAAAUGGAAUGGAUGGGGAUAUAAUGACUCCAAAUUCAUUUUCAAUAAGAAAGGUCAAGCAGAAUUUACAGGAAAAAGGUACAGAUUAGGUGGUAUGAUAUUACCCACUUUUAAGGAAUGGAUAGAAAAAACCUUUGGAGCAAGUCUGGAGCACAAAACUACCUCUAGAGCAUCCUUAAAUAUUAAUGAUGUACCUCCAUCUGUUGUAAAUGAAGAAUUUAUUCAGGAUCUUAGAGCCACUAAAAUCUCAUAUUCCCAGGAUGCAGAAGAUAGAGUAUUCAGAGCUCAUGGUCACUGCCUACAUGAGAUAUUUGUACUCAGGGAAGGAAUGUUUAAGCGAAUUCCUGAUAUAGUUGUAUGGCCUGUUUGCCAUGAAGAUGUAGUUAAAAUUGUGGAAUUAGCCUGCAAACACAAUCUCUGCAUAAUACCAUUUGGUGGAGGAACAAGUGUCUCUAGUGCUCUUGAAUGUCCUGAAGAAGAAAAAAGAACAAUUAUCUCACUGGAUACAUCACAAAUGAAUCGGAUUCUCUGGAUAGAUGAGAAAAACCUAACAGCUUGUGUAGAAGCUGGCAUUGUUGGACAAGAUCUGGAAAAACAGCUUGCUGAAAGUGGCUUCUGUACAGGCCAUGAACCGGAUUCCAUGGAAUUUAGUUCACUUGGAGGAUGGGUAGCAACACGAGCAUCAGGCAUGAAAAAAAACAUCUAUGGAAACAUUGAAGAUCUGGUGAUUCAUAUAAAAAUGGUAACUCCUAGAGGAAUAGUAGAAAAAAACUGUCAAGUACCUCGCAUGUCAACAGGACCUGAUAUCCAUCACUUCAUUAUGGGAUCUGAAGGAACUCUUGGAGUGGUUACUGAAGUUACAAUAAAGAUACGCCCAGUCCCUGAAUACCAGAAGUAUGGCUCUGUGGUCUUUCCCAACUUUGAACGAGGGGUGGCCUGCUUAAGGGAAGUGGCAAAGCAGAGAUGUGCUCCUGCAUCAAUACGUCUUGUUGACAAUGCACAGUUUCAGUUUGGUCAUGCUCUUAAACCACAAGUUGCUUCCAUUUUUACAUCAUUUUUGGAUGGACUGAAAAAAUUCUACAUCACAAAGUUUAAAGGAUUUGAUCCCAACUUACUGUGUGUAGCUACCUUGCUCUUUGAGGGUGACAGGGAGAAGGUUCUUCAGCAUGAAAAGCAAGUCUAUGAUAUUGCCACCAAGUUUGGUGGCUUGGCAGCAGGAGAAGAUAAUGGACAGAGGGGAUAUAUGCUGACAUUUGUCAUUGCUUACCUUCGGGACCUUGGGCUGGAUUACUAUGUAAUAGGAGAAUCAUUUGAGACAUCUGUUCCUUGGGAUAGGGUUUUGGACCUCUGUAGGAAUGUAAAAGAAAGGAUAGUAAGAGAAUGCAAAGAAAAGGGUGUUCAGUUUGCUCCUCUUUCCACCUGCAGGGUGACACAGACUUAUGAUGCAGGUGCAUGUGUAUACUUCUACUUUGCCUUUAACUACAGAGGAAUUAGUGACCCUAUUCAUGUCUAUGAACAAAUUGAGAGGGCUGCUAGAGAAGAAAUACUUGCCAAUGGAGGAAGUCUGUCACAUCACCACGGAGUAGGGAAAUUGCGGAAGCACUGGAUGAAGGAGAGCAUCUCUGAUGUUGGCCUGGGAAUGCUGAGAUCUGUUAAAGAAUAUGUGGACCCUAAUAAUAUCUUUGGAAACAAAAAUCUUUUAUAAAACCCUGCACAACAUGAUGUACUAAAACUUCAAAAUUACUGUUGAAGUUCCUCCACUUUCAUUGUAUUGAUAUCCCAGUAAUCAAAUAUAACAUAGACUAAACUUUAAAACCCAGUAACUUUGAUUUUUGCCACCCUGUUCCCCCUGCCCCCAAUAAAGUGUAAGCAUCACUGUCAAGGUUUAUGGAUUUUUACUUACAAUGCUCUUAAACUUGUAACCCACUGUGCACAGAGUGGGUUACAAAAGUGUUACCAACCAGGAAAUGCAAAUUUGGGUUUCCAGGUUUGGGUAGGCAACACAGUUGACAGUAUUUUCAGUGCUGGAUACUGCUGGAUGAUUCUUAUUAAAAGCAUCCCCUGCAAGGACAACAAAGACUGACUGUGUUUUCCUACAGAAGCAGCUGCUCAACCCAGUCUCUUUCUAAAGGAAAGCUGCUGGGAGAUAGAUGAGAGAACACCAAGGAGUACUUCACUAUGCUCUGAAGGAUUUAGCAGGAAAUAGUAAAUACUUAAAGUACAAAUGCAGGCUUUGAUCAAAAUAGACAAUGUAAGUCUAGCUACUUCUUAAAAAUGCAGUAGUCUCCCAGUAUAGUACUACUGGAGAAUCUUACACAAUUGAGCUGUUCUGAGUUGUAUUUGCAUUGCUGGGAUCAUCUUAAUUUAAUCAUAGGUCAGUCAAUAAGUUUUGUACAAUGGACAUUUCUCACUGUAUGUUUAAAACAGGUUUGUAACAAAACUUUGCCUUCAUCUGUAUUUCAGUCCUACUGUGUAUGGGUUUUGCUCCUGUUUUGUUUGUUUUGCAGAUAUGCAAAAUAUCUUUUUCAGUAAAAAAAAAAAAGUUUUGGCUAUGAAAAAAUGAAACUGCCCAGCACUGUCUUUUGAAACAGUCUCAACAGUUUAAUAAAACACUUAAGUGGAUAACAUCAUCCUGAAAGUGAGAUUUCCCAUUUUAGUUUUGUACAGUUUCCUAUGGCCUUUAUGAAUCAUUCACUUCGCUAGUACCCACUAUUUUAAUUGUCCAUUUAACUUUAAGAAAAUGAAAUAUUUUCUUUAUCACUGUUGUAUGAGAGUAGGCAUUUUUACAUUGAAACUUGAAACUUAAUCAGUAAAACUAUUUGUCAAUAUUCAUGAUCCAUUUUUAAGCAGGUUCUUAAAGAAAUUAACCAAAUUUUUGAUAAUUAAUAUAUAUGAUUGCAUACAAUAGAAAAAACAGAGUAUCCUUUGAGGACACCGUCUCUCUAGCCAACCGUUUCACAGCUCUGUAGUCAGUUUGGACACCUUUUUUAUUGGUAAUGCCCUUAAUGAGGAGAAAGACAAAAUUGGGGUGGUUUUUUUUGGUUUUGCUUUGUUUUUAAACUAUUCUAGAAUACUGUCCAAUUGGCUCUGUUUUGGUAAUAUACUAGAAAGUAAAAAAUGCUUGAAAAAUACUGUAUAUCAGACAACUUUGAGCUUGUUGGAAGAGUAAUUUCAUUUCUAUACAAAUUAGCAAAAAAUAUGAACACUCAAAACCAACAUGCAUGCUGUCAAGGUACUUAAGGAAAACUUUAUGAUGUGUGGGUCAUAAAGCAGAAUAUUUAUGCAAUAUUUGUAGUGCAGCUAGAUUUAUUUUGGUUGGCCUUUGUUUCACAAUGUUUCAAUGUGAAGAAAAAAAAAAUCUAUAGUAUUUUUGGUUUGUCCCCUGAAGUUGAUACUUUAGCAGCAACCAAAGCAGUGGGUGCAAUCUGCUUUAGGAACAUGACUCAUGUACUCAGCGGUGUCUUGGCGAGGUGGCUCUGUACACCUCUCUAUGCAGGGGACUUCCUUGUCUCACAUGCUGGUGACUAUGGCCCCAACAGGCAGCUUGCUGAUGAAUCCUGUCUCUGAAAUUGAGAACUUUCUAGGAAUUUACAAAGGGUGACUCUGAAGGAUGUUUAUGUGCCUCAAGUAUAUGAAGAAUCGGUUUUUGAAGGAAAGUGCAUGAAGUCUUUUUGCAGAAUAACGCCAUGAACAGAACUAAAACAAGUAGUCCUAGCUCAGUAAUACUUGUCUCUUAUGAUUUUUUUUUUUACUUGAUAUACACAGCACUACAACAUCCUUUCCAAUUCUUAAUUUUGACUGCUUUUCAUAUCCUUUUUUUUUUUGGUAUUGAAAUUUCACAGGCAAAAACUUCUCUUUCCAAUCUUUAAAUAGCCAUUUAAAAUGCAGUAAAGAUUUUUUUACUGCAUGUCAGUUGUCCUAUGGGAAGGUAAAAUAACAGGCUGUUAAGAGUCCCAAAGCAAUGUCAUGGGAUAGCUCUGAGGAAAAGAUUAAUGUCAUGGAUAUUUUUUCCUAUGUCUACCCUAUUGUUGUCUUCCUAAAUAUUUUUCUAUAUUAUGAACUGGUCAGAACUUAGUGAAACUGCAGUUUAAAUGCAUGUAUUACUGACUGUCUUUAAUUUAACAUUUAAAUUCAUAAUAAAAACAAAAGUUCAGGAGACCUAGACGCACACAGAUCACAUUUAAAAGAAAUCUUCCCUUGUGAAAUACUACAGUCUUCCACCACUCCUCCUUCUGUAUUUUCUACUUCUUAAAACUUCACUUCCCACAGCUGCAGCCUGUUUAGUGGUGGGGUUUGAUCCGUGCAGAUCAGAAGUUUAUCUUUGCAUAACACAUUACUUUUUCAUUUGACUAUUUUGGACAUAUGUAAGUUACAAGGAGUUUUAAUUAAGCUUGUCAUGCCUUCCAGUCACACAGGUUCUGCUCUCUUUAAAGGUGGAAGGUACAGAGUGAGUAGGACUUGACUGUGAAUUGUGUGUUUACAUAAGACUUAUAAAAGUUUUGAGCAGAAAGAAGUAAAUCAAUUGGAAAUUGACCCAGUAUA